ACGCUUAUGAAAAUCAAAAACCAAAAAAAUAAAAGAUAACGAAAAGGUCACUCGCACGUAGAAGACAGGGAAGACUGUCCUCCUAGCUCAUCCAGUUGAACAGCGUCAUGGCCACCGUAAACAAUCCUUCUCCUCUCCACUCUCCAAUUCUAAAACUCAAAUCUCUCCUCGCAAAACCCUUGUGCAUCAUCUCACCUACAUACCCAGGAUUCCUCCGCAGAGCCACUACUUCGCUGCCCAAGCCUCUGCUCUCAAAAUGCAGCAGCAGCAACAGCUCACGGGAAAGCGAAACCAGUAACAAUUUGAAAGAUGCGUUAUCUGGUAUGGUGGAUAAACAAGUAGAGGAUCUCUUGAACAGAGAAGACAAUAGGGCAUUGUUUGAUGGGUUAGAGAAGGCAUCGCAGAGGGUAGAACGGGCAAAAAGAGACCUUGCGGAGAUUGAAAGACAAGAGCUUGAGGCUAAGCAAUUGAGGAAUUAUAUCAAUCAACUUGAAAGCCGAGCUUCCGAGAUCGCCGAAUGUCAGCAGGAGAUCUUAGAGGCAAAAACCAAGGUUGAAGAAGCAGAACAGUUCCUGUCAGAGAGUAUAGGCCGAGAGGAGGGGACAAACAUAGAACCAGAAAGAUUGGAGUCCAUAAAGGCAGCUUCUAUAUCUGCAGUUGUUGGUACCCUUGCAGGUCUUCCUUUUUUCUUCACUCAGGUCACAGAUAUUGUGCAACUAGCGCUUCCUUUGGCAACCACCUUUAUUAGCUGUGCCUUGUUCGGGGUAACCUUUCGCUACGCUGUGAGAAGAGAUUUGGAGAAUUUCCAACUCAAGUCAGGGACCUGCGCAGCUUUUGGAUUUGUGAAGGGACUUGGUACACUGGCCGGAGGACCACCACUGGAGCUAAAUCCUGCAAGUUUAUUGUCCCGUGGUUUUGAUGGAGGAGUUUAUGUAUCCGAGAAUCUCCUGAUCUUUGCCUUUGCUGCGGUUAGCCUGGAUCUCUGCUUCAAGAUGGGGCUUUUAAGCCCCUUUCCUAUGCAGCAGCAAAAUUCAUAGCGUGGCUGUAUAUUUCAGAUAUCAUUAUAAAACCAUCAAAUUUUCACACUCUUGUCAAGAAAUUUUAGAUGAUAACAUGACUAGCUUUUUCUGUUAUGAACAACUGCAUACUAAGAAUGUAAAAAGAUGAUUUCUUUUUUUUGGAAGCAUAUAAUCACUAUAAUCAA